CCGUCUUAACCUCCCGAAGCCAAAAGACUGAACUACUGCUUCGCCAGCCAGCCAGCAAGCAAGCUAGGGCCGGUCUUUCUCAUUUUUGCCUUUGAUUUUUCCUUCUGAUGAAUAUAGUCCAACCACCACUAAACAUAUAACACUUUAAAAAAUCUCCACUUUUCCUCCUCUCAGCCGCCUUUACUCAGUCGUUGGGGAACAAACAAGAUUGGCGCUUCAACCUUUUGAUGAAGUGAGAUUGUGAAUUUGAGCUGUUUUUGCAACUGGGAAUUUGGUUUUUAUGUGUUUGGUAAAGUUGUUGAGGAGAAAUAUUUUUCUUUCUGAUUGGGUGGUCUUGUGAUUGAUGAAUUGUUUCUGUUUGGAGGUACCUUGGCACCAGAGUUCUUGGUGAUGAUCCAUUGAAAUUUUAAGUGCUUAUGAAUAUUUCGGCUGGUUUGUCUGGAGCUGUUUCAGAAUUUUGACUUCAGGGAGUUGCAGCUGAGUUUAUCCCUUGUGGAGCCUUGAGAUUUAGCAAUGCUAACACCAUUUCUUGGAUUUGGAAGAUGGAAUUUGUGGGCCGUAGUACAUCGCUGACCAUCACAGUGGUAGUUUUGAGUUUAUUGGUGUUGGUGCAGUUGCCAGGACUAUCAGCUUCUGGUUUAUUAAUUGAUUCGAAUACUUGUGGAACAUACCAUAUUGGCUAUUCAGAUGAUCUUAAAGAGAGAUUGUUCUACAUUGAUGGAAAAUUAGUAGAUAGAAAUUUGUUUUGCAAAGCUCUCAAAUUCUAUCAAGAGAAUCAUUGCUUCAUUAGGGGAAACGCUAGAAAUCAACAUUGCAGUUUGUACGAUUCAUUGGAUGAGCUGCCUUUCAGGGCAGGAAGAAAAAUUUUGAAGGAAGGAGUAAGAGAAGAGUCGAUGGAAGAUCAUUUUAAAACACAGCAAAUGGAGGACAAAGAAGCCAAGUAUGUCAUAUUAACCCCAAAAAACUUGGCCAUGGCAGCACCUGGAGUUCUUCUUCUUUGCUGUGGCUUAGUUUGUCCUUGCUUUCGUGCAAGAAGAAAAGAAAGUUCUGUUCCUGUAUUUGAGAAGGAACCAAAUUCAAUGGACUCAGUUUCCUCUUUAGAAAUCAAUUCAGUUCCCGAAAAAAUUCCACCCAGUCCUUUACGGGUGCCACCUAGUCCUCUACGGGUGCCACCUAGUCCUUCUAGGUUUUCAAUGUCACCAAAACUUGAUAGAGUUGGAUCUGUUCAUCUAAAUAUGAGUCAAGUUGUGAGAGCUACCCAAAAUUUCUCACCAUCAUUAAAAAUAGGUGAAGGAGGUUUUGGAACGGUUUACAAAGCACAGCUACCUGAUGGCCAGGUUGUUGCCAUUAAACGUGCUAAGCAGGAGUACUUUGACACCCUACGAACUGAGUUUAGAAGUGAAGUUGAACUACUGGCCAAAAUUGAUCAUCGGAAUCUGGUCAAGUUACUUGGUUAUGUUGAUAGAGGAAAUGAGCGCCUUAUUAUUACAGAAUAUGUACCAAAUGGUACUCUAAGAGAACAUCUGGAUGGUCUACGAGGCAAAACCUUGGACUUCAAUCAGCGACUUGAGAUUUCUAUUGAUGUUGCUCAUGCCUUGACGUAUCUGCAUCUGUAUGCAGAGAAGCAAAUAAUCCACAGAGAUGUGAAGUCAUCCAAUAUUCUUCUGACUGAAAGCAUGAGAGCCAAAGUUGCCGAUUUUGGAUUUGCAAGGCAAGGAGAGAUGGACUCUGAUAAAACACAUGUUUCGACUAAAGUUAAAGGAACAGUUGGUUACUUGGAUCCAGAAUAUAUGAAGACUUAUCAACUCACAUCGAAGAGUGAUGUAUACUCAUUCGGGAUUCUGUUAAUAGAAAUUUUAUCAGGUCGUCGUCCAGUGGAGUUGAAAAAACCUGCUGAAGAGAGGGUGACAAUUAGAUGGGCUUUUGGCAAGUAUAGUGAAGGAAAUGUUUAUGACAUGCUCGACCAUCAAAUGCAUGAAACAAUAGACAGGGAGAUACUAGUGAAGAUGUUUGGUUUAGCUAUCCAGUGCGCAGCACCUACACGAGCUGAUCGUCCAGACAUGAAGGUAGUGGGAGAGGAAUUGUGGGCAAUUAGAAUGGACUACAUGAGAAGGGGAAGGAGGGAGUGACUUGGAAGUUUGUAGUGGCUUUUUAUGUUGAUGCUGUAUAGAAAAACCCUGUUUUGACAAUUUUCUGUUGGCCUUUAUUUUCGUCAAUUCCACGUUUUUCGCUUAUGAUAAUGAUCCGUUGCCUCAUACUUGGUGCUCGUCAAUUGUGUAGAUGCAUUUGUAUUAGCUUUUGGCUUUGCGUCACUCACGGUACCCUAUUCGAAAGGAUGAUAGCUGUUAACGACUGCAAUACUUGAAUGAAUUACAUCGUUAGUACA